AGGAAUAGUUUCAACUUUUGUACUUAAAAAAGUAAACAAACAAUACCAAAAAGCAAUUGCUACUACUACAAAAGAACAUUUACCAUCAUCAGCAACACAAGAAUCAUUAAAUAAUAUAAUUAAUACACCAGUAAUUGUUUUGCAAAAUUCUCAGAUAAUUUGUACUAGAGGAUGUCUUUCUGGUUCUUCUAAUCAUCAACAAAUAAGCUUAACCAAAAGAGAUUCUUCUGAAUUUGAGUUCAUAGAACACCAA